CUCCAUCCACGCUCUUUACUAUCGUCGCUCGUUUGCUUCAUCAUGCGCGUGCAAUUCUUACUGCUGGCCUCGUCUUUGGCCGUCGCGUUUGCGGACCCCCAGGCGUGUGUGUGCCCUAGUCCCUCCGACGUCGCCAUCCCCAUGACUACGUCCACCCUCGUGGUGACUUCUACCUCAGUAGUCGUUUCCGUAGUCACGACGCCUACUGUGCUCCCCAGUCCACCAAUCAGCAGUGGCGCUAACGCUCCUACGCCUACAUUCGUCCUCACCACCACCGCUCCUACCGGGAGCGCUGGGAUUUCCACCUCCCCCGGUUCCGUUUCUUCAUCUACGAUCUCGGCUAGUGGGGGACCGAGCUCGGUGCCCGCCUCCAUUCCCAGUGGGAGCACGUCCAUUGGCGAUGCAGUCACUGAUCCCGUUACUUCCCCGGCAUCCACGAUCUCGCCAACUACUCCUGUAGUGACGAAUGUGGUGACCACGGACACCCCGAGCACCAGCGGGUCCACGAGCACGGGGCCCAUUUCCUCGCCCACCGUCACUGACCCGGUCACCACGCCAUCCGUUCCCACAUCCACACCCAUUUCUUCACCCAGUGUAACAGACCCGGUUACCACGCCGGCCGUCCCCACUUCCUCCUCCCCUACGACUACAGAUAUCAUUUCUUCUCCCAGCACAACAGACCCCGUCACUUUACCGGCUGUCUCCACUUCUGGGUCACCCACGACUUCUUUGGCCGCGACGCCGACCGCUGUCCUGCCUGCCGCUCCAGACGCGACCGGGCAAUGCAACACCGGAUCUCUGCAGUGCUGUCAACAGGUGCAGAACUCUGGGGAUCCUGGGAUGACCGAUGUCCUCAGCUUGGUGGGGAUCGUGCUGGAGGGGCUCAACGUGCCCAUUGGAUUCCAGUGUAGUCCACUCACGGUUGGGGGGCUUGGGGGCGGGGCGACUUGCACCGCGAACCCUGUCUGCUGUGAGGAUAACUCGUCUGGUGGCCUCAUCUCGGUUGGCUGCAUGCCUAUCAGCCUGAUCGGCUGAGCUGGAUUGUCCGUCUAGACAAACUCAGUAUAUGCAUACACUACAAAAACGACCCUUCGUGCCUACUUCUAUGUUGCUUCUUUCCCUGCUUUACUG